UUCUUUCAUUUGUUUUGCUUUGAAGAAUGUCUUAGCCAUUUCCCACAAUCUUGUUUUCAGAUUUAAUUUUGUUUCCAAACUGAUGAAUACAAUGGCCACUGGCCCAAAGACCCCUUCAUAGCAUCAGCAAAGGUGACUGCUUUAAUGACAUUCUAUCACUCUGAUACUGUUAAAUUUGAGCAUACCAGCGGGGAGCUUGGAAACAUUCAUGCCUCUGAAAAUAUGUCAAACACUCACGAGCCCAGGAUGUUACAUGUUGCAAGCGACUAUCAGGAAAACAAUCAAUGUAUGAACUGAAGAGUAGAUAUCCUGAGUGUACUUGGUGGAGGUAACUUCAUACAUGAAGAACCAGGCAGUGAAGAACACGCCACAGCAGCAGAGUCGGAUGAGGGAAGUUGUCCGCAUGCGCUGGGCUGGUAUAGCUCCUCGUGGCCUCCAGUUUCAUUUUGCUGGAAAAGGAUAUUCCACCAUUCUGCCCUGAGUUUUCAUCUGCUGCUUUGGACCUUCCUUCUGGGUUUCAGGCAGAGGCUGUGAUGGCAUUAGGAAGGUUGGCCAGAAUGAUCAUGUAGAAAAGUAGAUCAUGUAGAAAAGUAAUCUCUGGAUGAGAAAGAUGGCAGCCGAGACAAAAGGAGUCUCUUGGAAGAAAUGUGGACUAUUCUGAAACAAAAUAUCUAUGUGAACAACUUUCCAAGAACAAAAAUACAAAGAACCUCUUCACCAGAAUGAGAAUGUUUCUUAGAUAUCAUUGCUGCAAUGAAUCUAUUUGGAGAUGACAAUGUUAUAAGCACCUUGAGAGCAUAAAACUGAAAACAUCAUGCAAGCUUGGCCCACAUAAGCAUGUGUCUCCAAAAAAAAAAAAAAAAAAAGAAAAGAAAUCACAGUGGAAUUCUGGAAUUUAGAUGGAAACCGGAGGUUUAUAAGGAGCUCUCAUCAGAUUUUAACCAUGGCAGUUUUUAAGUCUUUUGUUACCUGCAGAGUUGCUGUUUUACUCUGCUGUCUUGGCCAAAUGCGUUCCUGCAAAAGUGCUUCAUCUUCCAGGAGAUUCAUGGAAAAGGCUUUGACAAGUACAGGUUUCUGGACUUUGCUGGAGCUUCUGCGAGGAAAAAGAUGGACAGGAAAUCCACAGAAAAUUCAAGGCCCAGGCGCUGCCAUGAGGUUUUGGGUUUCACCUGGUCCGCUUGGUCACCGGUGCCUCCUCGCCCGCCCACCACAUGGCAUCCCCGGUAUCGCUGUGCUGCUGCUGUCCCUGCUGCCAUUCUGGGCAGGGGCCCACUGCCCUUGUCAGGACCCAGCAUUGUGCCAACCCAUCACCCAGCACCCUGAUUUCGAGGUGUUUGUUUUUGAUGUUGGAAGUAAAGCUUGGAAAUUUUAUGAUUGGUCCCAGAUUACAACUGUGGUGAAUUUUGGAAAAUAUGACCCAGAACUUAUGUGUUAUGCUCAUUCACAUGGAGCCAGAGUAGUGCUAAAAGGAGAUGUACCCUUAAAGGAUAUCAUCAAUCCUAGUUUCAGAGCAUCCUGGAUAGCUCAAAAAGUUAAGUUGGCCAAAACACAAUACAUGGAUGGAAUUAAUAUAGACAUAGAACAAGAAGCUCAUUGUUUAUCACCUGAAUAUUAUGCAUUAACCAAUUUAGUCAAAGAAACCACAGACUCUUUCCAUCGUGAAAUUAAGGGAUCACAGGUAACCUUUGAUGUAUCUUGGUCUCCAAAGUACAAAGGCAGGUGCUAUAAUUAUGCCGGAAUUGCAGAUGCUUGUGACUUUCUCUUUGUGAUGUCUUAUGAUGAACAAAGUCAGGCCUUGUCAGAAUGUACUGCAGCAGCCAAUGCUCCCUACAAGGAAACAUUAACUGGCUACGAUGACUACAUCAAGAUAGGUAUUAACCCUAAGAAGCUUGUAAUGGGUGUUCCCUGGUAUGGUUAUGAUUAUACCUGUCUAAAUCUACUGGAGGAUCGUGUUUGUACCAUUCCAAAAGUCCCUUCCUGGAGGGAUUCUUGUGGUAUUACUUCAGGACAUCAGGUGCCCUAUAAAGUAAUUAUGAAGCAAGUCAAUAGUUCUGUUUCUGGAAGCCACUGGGAUAAAGAUCAGCAGGCUCCUUAUUUUAAUUACAAAGAUUCUUCUGGCCAUUUUCAUCAAGUGUGGUAUGACGACCCUCAGAGCAUUUCUUUAAAGGCGGCAUACAUACAAAAGCGUGGCUUACGAGGCAUUGGUAUGUGGCACGCAAAUUGUCUUGACUAUUCUGGAGAUGCUGUAGCCAAACAGCAAACUGAAGACAUGUGGAAAGUCUUAAAACCAAAGCUGUGACAGAUAAACAUCUUCUGUCAAACUAUUAAGAUUUAGAAAAAAUGAUCAGUUUAAAUCAGUUUCUUGAAGAGAAUACAAAUGUCAUGUCACAUAUUUUAGUUAUUCUACUUAAAAGCAGAUAAAGAAAUGCUUUGUUUAAAAACAAAGGUAAGAAGUCAACUUACUAUAUUACUCUUUUAUGUUUAACACUAUAAUUAGGAAAAAAUUUUUAGGAUUUUAUUAUGCUAAUUUUAAAAAUACGUGUAAUUGGAAGUGGAAAUUAUUUGCUCAGAAUAAAAUUUUUAAAAACCUAGACUUGGAGAAGCACUUUGCUCUGUACUUUUUGUUCAAUAAAUUUAAAACUUGCAAUUUAGUAUCUUUUAGGUUCAUCAAGCUGAUGCACUUAAACUAAUUUAAUUAAGUCUCCAAAAGGGGGAAAAAGGAUUAAAAUAAGUAAUAUUUUGAAUUAGUAUUUUUCACUGAAACUGUUUUUAUGAAGUUAUAGCAGAAACUUUAUUUACCCUUCUAGUUAUUAUUCCUUCAUUUAUGAACAUCUAUAAUUUAUUUCCUAGCUAGUUUCUAUUGGCAUUUUAUUUUUAAUUUUCUAAGGACAUUGGUUUCUCAAUUAUUUUCUCUGCACAA